AUCAAAAACCCUGGUUAAACCCGAGAGCUCGUCCCAUUUUCAUUUCAACAAAAUCCAAAAGUUGAAGACUUGCGACGAGCGAUAUAGCAAUAGCACUGUGAUCCGCUUCGGUCACCAUGAGAAGGGUUAAUGGAGUCGCUUUGCUCAGUAGAGCCGUCGUCUGUAUGGGUAGCUCUACCGCAGUCGGCGGCGCAACUCAACAGCGGCUGGUUCAAGCUGCGAUGUUGAGCACUUGCUCGAAUUCGAAUCCGCUGUGGUUCACGCGAAGACUCGGCGAUCACUUCGGCCUAUCGAAACCCUCUGUGGCCUGCAUUGCAGGAGGGCACGUGUGCUUCUCUUCGAACGCCACGUCUCUGGCUCAAGAGAUGCAUGCCCAGGACAAGUUCCUUCCCAAGGACGUCCAGCUCUACCAGUACGAAGCUUGCCCUUUCUGCAACAAGGUUAGAGCAUUCUUGGAUUACUAUAAAAUUCCAUACAAAGUUAUGGAGGUUAACCCCAUCAGCAAAAAGGAGAUUAAAUGGUCUGAUUACAAGAAGGUGCCGAUACUGAAAGUUGAUGGUGAACAGAUGGUUGAUUCUUCAGAUAUAAUCGAUAAGCUGUUCCAGAGGAUCAAUCCUGAGAACAAUGUCAUAAAUGGUGAAGAAGAAAAGAAGUGGCGUGGGUGGGUGGAUAAUCACUUGGUGCAUGUUUUAUCACCAAACAUAUAUCGAACUGCUUCCGAGGCUCUCGAGUCAUUUGACUAUAUCACCAGUCAUGGAAAUUUCAGUUUAUAUGAAAGGAUAGUAGCAAAGUAUACUGGAGCUGCAGCUAUGUAUUUUGUGUCUAAGAAACUGAAGAAGAAACACAAUAUCACCGAUGAACGUGCAGCCUUGUAUGAAGCCGCAGAAACCUGGGUGGAUGCUCUUAAAGGGAGACAAUUUCUUGGUGGGUCAAAUCCUAAUUUAGCCGAUCUUGCUGCAUUUGGUGUUUUGAGGCCCAUUCGGCACCUUAAAUCUGGCAAAGAUAUGGUGGAGAACACACGGAUUGGUGAAUGGUACACUCGAAUGGAAAGUUCAGUGGGAGAGUCUGCUAGAAUCGAGGCCUAAAGGUGGAACAUGUUAGUUGUUUCAGAUUUUCAAUCUGCUUCAGCCAUUGGUUCUGCCAGUGGAUGGGGUAGGCAUCACUAAUAAAUGAUACAUCAUUUGAACAUCAUUGAAGAUGAUUCAAACUUUACAAGAAGGUGUUUUAGGAGAUGAGGUGUUAUGGUUGAUCUUUCUUAUAUGUUUCUCCCAUUUAUAUGUAGCAGCGCUUUUCAGUGGUUUGAACUCUGUGAUGCUAGAGAGCAAACUAGAACACUCUUGUGUAUAUCAUACAUGCAGAGAUGUUGGCAGGUGGUGUUUGCAAGUUCUAUUUGACAAUGUCAUGAGAUCAUUAUAUCUGA